GCACCGAAAUGAAAGUGAAAGUCAGCCGCCCAGAGGCUGUCCUGUGUUUGUGCUCGAUCCUGUCGACAUGAGCGCCUUACAGUUUAACAGCGUUUUGUUGGAGAUCUCUAACGCCAUGUCUGCUGAUCAGCUGAAUGAAAUGAAGUUCCUGGUUCUACAAGAGAUCGGGAAAAGAAAUCUGGAAAAGAUCGGCAGCGGCCGGGAACUCUUUCAGCUUUUCAGGGAAAGAGGCAAACUGUCAGAAGAUAACACGGCCUUUCUUUCAAAGCUUCUCAGAGAAAUUAAGCGACAAGAUCUCUCGGACAAGAUAGACAACUUCAGUAUUCAGCCUGAAGCUGACGAUGGCCUGAGUGAGGAGGAGAAAGCAAAACUGAAAAUUGCCACAGAGGUAAUUGCCGAAAAUCUUGGAAAGAGUUGGCGAAAACUAGGCCGCAAAUUAGGUUUGAGUGAAACCAAGCUGGAGUCCAUCUCUAACAGGCGUCCAACAGAUCUCGAGGAGACGGCAGUGGAGCUGCUCAAGGAGUGGAGGAAGAGUCAAGGAGCUGAAGCCCAAACAAAGAUGCUGAUAGAUGCUUUGAGAGCUUGCCAGUUGAAUAUGACUGCUGAUAAAGUAGAGGAAAGACUCUAGCAACCUAGAAUACACUCUUAAAUUGAAAAUUGUUGCUCAAGGAAAUGGCAAACAAAAAGGUUAAAAGUCAUGAAAGUAAUUUGAGUGACUGAUUGUAUCUCUAUGUCCUGUUAUCGUUAUUAUUAGUUUGCUGUUUGGGUCUCCUGCUUUGUGAAAGCAAUGUUGCUCUCAGUCUUUCAAGGUGACUAAAUUGCUCGUGAUAUUUGUUAAUAUGGCUCAUAUAUAAAAGUGUUCAACUGUAUUGAGGUACAGGAUCUUCUCAUCAAGCGUUCCAAAAUUAUGAAAGAUUUUUUUUUUUUUUUUUUUCUAAAUGACAUCAGAAA